AGAACAACACGUUAUCACAUGACAUUAGCUAGAGAGACCGAAGAAAUAUUGCGUGGCAUGAUAAAUGUAUAACUAGUGAAUUACUGGGGUGUUGCAGCAAGAAGAGAUAUAACUAGAAUAUUAUUUUUUUGUAUUUUUAAACUUUAAUCUUUACUUAGAUUUCAAUUAUCAUUUCACUAUGGCUGAUAGAUCGUUAUUAUCAGGUGUUACUGUUAGUGCCAGUGGAGGACCAAAUUUUGCACGUGAUGGACUUUCAGCAUUGGAACUUUUCGGCUCUGGCGAUGGGCUAACAUUCAAUGAUUUCCUCAUAUUUCCUGGGUAUAUUGACUUUACUCCUGAUGAUGUGGAUCUGACCUCACUUCUGACUAAGCAAAUAACUUUGGCAGCUCCUCUUGUAUCCUCUCCAAUGGAUACUGUUACAGAGUCUGACAUGGCUGUGGCUAUGGCUCUAUGUGGAGGAAUUGGCUUCAUUCAUCACAACUGUAGUGCUGAAUUUCAAGCUGAGGAAGUACAGAAAGUGAAGAAAUAUAAACAUGGGUUUAUUCGUGAUCCAGUGGUUUUAAGUCCAAGUGACAAAGUAAAAAAUGUAUUCGAUGUGAAGAAAAAACAUGGCUUCUGUGGAAUCCCAAUUACAGAAAAUGGACAAAUGGGUGGAAAAUUGGUUGGAAUAGUGACAUCUCGUGACAUUGAUUUUAUGCAGGAAGACAUGCUAGACUUGCCUCUUUCUAAGGUUAUGACGAAGAAGGAAGAUUUAGUGGUUGCUCCUUCAGGAAUAACUUUAAAGGAAGCAAAUGAGAUUUUACAACAGAGUAAAAAAGGAAAACUUCCCAUUGUGAAUGACAAUGGAGAACUAGAAUCGAUCAUUGCCCGUACCGACUUGAAAAAGAGUCGUAGUUUUCCAUUAGCAUCAAAAGAUGCAAAUAAGCAACUUUUGGUUGGAGCUGCUGUUGGUACUCAGGAUUCUGACAAAGAACGCUUAGAAAAGUUGAUUCAGUCAGGAGUAGAUGUCAUAAUUUUGGAUUCCUCUCAGGGAAACUCCAUUUAUCAGAUAGAAAUGAUUCGCUAUAUCAAAAAAAAAUAUCCUGAUUUACAAGUGGUUGGAGGGAAUGUAGUCACCUGUCAGCAAGCAAAGAACUUGAUUGAAGCAGGAGUGGAUGGAUUGCGAGUUGGGAUGGGUUCUGGAUCCAUCUGUAUUACACAAGAAGUGAUGGCAGUUGGACGUCCUCAAGCGACAGCAGUGUACAAAGUUGCAGACUACAGUCGACGAUAUGGAGUACCCAUAAUUGCAGAUGGUGGAAUCCGUUCGGUUGGACAUAUCAUCAAAGCAUUGAGUCUGGGAGCUUCUACAGUUAUGAUGGGCUCUCUUCUGGCUGGAACAAAUGAAUCACCUGGUGAAUACUUUUUCUCUGAUGGAGUCAGAUUGAAAAAAUAUCGAGGAAUGGGAUCUCUCGAUGCAAUGGAAUCUCGAGAAGGAAGUGGAAGUCGCCAUAGAUAUUUCCAGAGUGAAGAUGAUAAAAUUCGGGUAGCUCAGGGAGUUUCAGGUAACAUAGUUGACAAAGGUUCAGUGCAUCGUUUUGUACCAUAUUUGAUCACUGGCAUUAAAUAUGGUUGUCAAGAUAUUGGAACCAAAAGUCUCACUGCUCUGAGAGCUAUGAUGUACUCUGGUGAACUAAGGUUUGAGAAGAGAACACUUUCAGCUCAGAUCGAAGGUGGAGUCCAUGGAUUACAUUCGUUUGAAAAGAAGCUAUUUUAAACGAUGAGAAGAAUGGAAAAACGAUAUAUGUAGCUUAGUAGUAUUAGUAUGUCUGGUGCCAGCUGCUUUUGUUAUAUGUUGAAGGAGUAACUGUGCUGGAAGCAGUGCAUAACAUUCCAAGCUUUAAAGAAACAAAAUACUAAUUUGUGGAUUUGUUUUUGUUACUGCAGAAAUGUUUAUUAUUAUUUCUAAAUUUCUGUUUCUUUUCUUCAUUUAUUAUGCCAAGGUUUUUACAAUAUAAUCUGUUCUUCUCAGAUAAUUAGCUUGAGUAGUUUAUUUUAAUGAACUGAUAGGUAAUGUAGUGUUAGUUAGUUGAAAUUCACAUAUUGAAGAUCACUGUUUUUUACUUGAAUUAUUUGCUGAGGCUAAUGUAAGUUAAAUAUUUGAUAACACUAUAUAGCUUGUUUUUUUUUUUGUUUUUUUUUAUAAGUCAUAGUUUGUGUCGUACUUUUUAGAAUUUUUUAACAUAAUCAAGUCCAAUUAAAUGAUUUUUUUGUUUCAUCAAAUAUAAAAGGCAUUAUUCACAAAGGAGGAAUCCCAAUUUUUUGUUUGUUUUUGAUAAAAUAUUUACAGUUGUUCAUAGGGGUGGAAGUUGCAUUAAACUCAAUGCAUGAUAAAAUAUAUACACAGUGGUUGCAAAAGCUCUUAUAAGGCUCUGUCAGUGGAAAAUUUAUGGACUUAAAUCACUAAAAUCCACAGUUCAAUUCCCCAAGAUCACAGAUAGCCUGUUGUGUAGCUUUGUGCUAAAGCAACAACUGUUAGUUGCAAGGUGCAUUAGACUAGACUAAACUAGCUCCCUUAUAUGGUAAAAUGUAUAUUCAGUGGUUACAGUAGCUGAUAGAGCUCUGUCACUUUAUUAACUGAAUCAUUGCAUCAUUUGAAAGAUGAUAAAUUUUAGAUCGUAAAAAAACAAUUUUGUACACUUAUUUAGAAAUAUGAUUCAGAAAUUUGGAUAUUUAUAGAUUACACAUGACUUCCAUAUAGUUUUAAAAAAGGUUAAAUUAAACAUCAGCUGAAAAAUGGACAUUUAAUAAUUAAGAAACCUUUGUAAUUUGUAAGAGAAAUGUAGGACUUGUUUUUUGUAAUAGUUACAAACAUUUAUUUUCUAAUGUGAACCAAUCUAGGAGCUACUUUUUGUGUUCUCAUUAGCCUAAUUUUUGUAUUAUUAAACAUCGGCUGAAAAAUGGACAUUUAAUAAUUAAGAAACCUUUGUAAUUUGUAAGAGAAAUGUAGGACUUGUUUUUUGUAAUAGUCGCAAACAUUUAUUUUCUAAUGUGAACCAAUCUAGGAGCUACUUUUUGUGUUCUCAUUAGCCUAAUUUUUGUAUUAUUAAACAUCGGCUGAAAAAUGGGCAUUUAAUAAUUAAGAAACCUUUGUAAUUUGUAAGAGAAAUGUAGGACUUGUUUUUUGUAAUAGUCACAAACAUUUUUAUUUGUAAUUUGAACCAAUCUUGGAGCUCCUUUUUUUUCCCCCAUUAGCCUAAUUUUUAUAUUAACUUUGCCAGUGAUUACAGUGUCUGACUGCACUCAAGAUAAUGUGCAGUAAUUGUUGAAGAAUAGCUCAAAUUUUCCAACUUAUUGAAGCAUUGCUUGUUAAUUAGAACAGUGAUUCUCAGAAUUGGGGCACGAGAUGGUUCAUAAAAAAUAAAAUUAAAAAUUCAUACUAUUGUAUACUUGCGUGUCUGUUUGAAUCUGUGGUGCACUAAAAUUUUUAAUUGUUAGUGACAAUGUCAAAUUAGAUUUCUUCAUGUAUAUGUGUGUGUGGAUUGGGCUUCAAGAAUCAUGGAUAAGAGGAAAGGGGUUGUUUAAAAAGUUUGAAACUGAAUUAGAGAACAGGUAAUAACAAUUUAAUGGUACAAUACGUGAAGAGUUCGGAAAAUUAUUUUACAUCUUAAUAAAUGAUACUAAACGUCAGUUUACUUGAUAUUUUAAAACUGUUACACAUUUUCAGACCUCUAAAAUUGCUCAUUUACUUCAUUAAUCAUGUGGUAUUGCCUUUAAUCUUGAAGAAGAAAAGGAAACAUCAUUAUUUCUUCUAAUUAUGUUAAGUGUGUAAUGUAAUAAUUGGUUAUGUUAAACUGAGGUUUUGCUACCAAAUUCAUAUAAAAUGUUAGAACACCCCUCGGAUACUGCUCAUUUAGAAAAUACAUUUUAUUUUGUAACAUUGCAGAGCUUGUAAUGAGUAAAAAAUUUUUUACACAUACACUUCACCAGUAACUUUGGUUAAAUAAUUCCAGUUGUUUUUAAAUAAGGUUGAAUUAGUUAAUUAUAAAAUAUAGAUUGAAAGUUAAGUUUCAUACAUCGAAAGUAUCGAUCUACUCAUAACUUGUCAGCCAAUACCUAAGAAUUCUUGUAAGUAGCAAGUCUCCUCUGCAAAGAAUUUCAAUCUUAGAGUUUGGUUGUAGUUAGGUUCUGUUUAAUUGUUGUAUAUGUUCCAUAGUAUUUCUUUUUUUUUUCUUACACUUUAUUUACUCAUGUCUCAAGUGCAUUUAAUGUUUAUAUUAGACAAGUGGUAACUGAUGAUGUGUACACACAAACACAUGUGUGUUAAGAUGGAGUUUUUCCCUCCAUAAUGUUUUUAUUUUGCUCACAAAGUUUCAAUCACAGGUACAAAAACUCUAUGUAAUGUAUUAAUACAUACAUUUAUCACCCUUGUUUUCAACCCUCAUCAGUGUUUCAAAAAUAAAUUCUUUUAGAAAGUUUG